CGAAAUCCAAACAGUCCGUAUUCAAUUUGGUUUUGACAGACUCCAGUUGACGAAUAUUUUAAGUAAUUGAGCGAACUUUCUUACCUAGAAAAGUUAAAAAACAUGAAUCCAAAAAGCUUUUAUUUCGGUAUUUUUGUUGGAUGCCUCUGUGUUCUGGGUUCUUCUUUAGCUAUCGAUGAUAAGAAGAUUUCAUUCCGUGUGAUGCUUAGGGAAGGAAAUAAAGACUUGGAAUGGGACAACUCGCUAGCAGACAACCACUCAUCAGAAUAUCGGGAACUUGCGAACAAGGUUAGAGCGAAGAUUGGAAUUUUAUUCUUAAACAUCACUGGUGUUCRCGAUAUCAUAAUUAAUGCCUUUCGGCCCGGCAGYGUGUACACRGACUUGACAAUCAGCCUUAAAAACAAUUCUAAUACGUCACGUGACGCUUUUAUGACCGUCGUCAACAAAACAGACUGGGUCGAUCUUACCGCAGGGACCCCAUCCAGAUCAUUUCUUGUUGGAUUGAUAUUUGUGAAUGGGACCAUGAUUUCAAAUAUUGCAUUUGAGUCAGACCAGGUAGAAUCGAUUCUUUUUAGCCUAUUUAAAGAGAUUCCAGGCUUUCAGGAUGCGACAGUACUUGAUGUUACUAASSUUGAUAGUAAUCACGUUCCCAUGGAGAUAAGGCUGCUGUUUGAUUCAAGGUCACGUGUUAAUGAAGAUAAACUGAAGAACAUAAUUCUCAGCUACAAAGGAGGUAUAAAUGGUACUGUGCGAUUUACCCAAGUGACAAUCAAGGAGGAAAGGCCGAUAUCACCACCAAAACCAAGUAAACCAACUUGGCUCGUUAUCAUAGUAGCACUUUCUUGUUUAACCAUUACCGCCGGGCUAAUUGCCUUCGUAUAUCGUGUAUUUAAACAAAGCUUUCUUAAAGCACCCAAGUUCAAGCUUAACGAAGACGAUGAAAACAGACGUCGCCCAAGAUCUCGUACCUCUACCGAGACGUCACCGGCUUCUGCAGAACCAUACUCUAAUAAUCUCUCUUACAAUUUCUCUUACUAUUUCUAA